CGGUAUAUAUGAACAGCGGCAGAGUGCGUCUCCUUCAGAGCGAGAUUCGAACUCUUGGACGAUACACAAGAAGCGACUCUCCCCUGCUCACCACUACACAACCAAACACACGGACUAUUGCUACUUAUUUUCCUCGUGGAUCAUAACCAAGCGAAGUCUGACAAAAUGCCAGUUUCAAGAAUGAGAAUGCGCCCAUGGCUGGAGAAAAUGAUCGACUCCAAUACAGUUCCCGGGCUACACUGGGUUGACAAAGACAGGACCAUGUUCUCCAUUCCCUGGAAGCACGCGGCGAGACACGGCUGGGAGUUGGACAAAGACGCAUCGCUUUUCAAAGAGUGGGCCAUCCACACAGGUAAAUAUGUGCAGGGCCAGACGAGCGACCCCAAAACCUGGAAAGCAAACUUCCGCUGUGCGAUGAACUCUCUCCCUGACAUCGAGGAGGUCAAAGACAAAAGCGUCAACAAAGGUCACCAGGCCGUGCGGGUGUUCAAGCUGCUGCCGGUCACCCUCAAAGGCAGAGAGAAGAGAAACAGAAUAGCCAAACGGAGGAGGAAUACCAAAGUGAAAUGUGAGGAGGAGUCGAGCGACAGCGACUGCGUGCCCUCCCCAAUGCAGAGCACACACAUCCCCUCCCCACAGGACAGCCGGGUGGACAGUACCAUGCAGCCAGAGCCUCACGUCCCUGAACUCCCUGACUGGAUGACGUUGGACACUGGUUUCACUCGGCAUUUCGAAGUCUCACCAAGUCACAGCACAUUAGGCCCAGAGGACGACGACAUCAUCGAGAUUUGCGCGCAGUGGGAGAGAGAGAGGCUGUCCUGGAUGCCAAGCGGUCUAAGCAACAAUGGGUUCCUGACCAAUGAACCGCAAUGCACAAGUCCAGGAAGUCAGUACAGCGAAUCGUCUUCAGCCGACGAGUUUGAUGAACACCCAAAGUACACAACCCUCGGCACCACCUUCCUGUCAAACGACUACAGCUUCACCCCCUUUUCUCUCUUCUGAGGCCAAGUAAAGAUGCACUUUGGGACUUUUUUUUCUCGGACUAUUUAAAAAGAGCUUCGACCAUUACUCUGAAUAAGCACCGCUCUGGUUUAAUUUCUGUGAAGAUGGUGACGACAGCGUGUUCAGUAUAUGUACUACGGUUGAAAUCAUUUGAAUUCACAAUAUUGUCAUUUUGCACUGUAGUGUAGAUUUGUUUACCACUGCAAGAUACUCACGAUUACAGUCAGGAAAUUAAAAUAAAACUAAAAUAAGUCAAAAAGUAAAUGUCAAAGAAGUCAAAUCUUAUACCUGUUAACUGAUGCUAGACUAAAUAUUGUGAAUUCAUUUGCACUUUGUGUAAACUGCCUUUUCUGGAAGCUGUGACCCAAAAAGUACAGUACAUAUGUAGCAUGUCUUAUACACUGGAAGUAGAAAUGAUUACGUUCAUAAUUAAUAGCCGAUGUGAUUUUAGCAAUGAUGUCAUUUUAUAACUAAGCCAUUGUAAUCGCUCAAUAACACCAUGUGAAGGAUUCAAUAUCCGUUAUAGGUUUUACAAUACACCAGUGGUUUUCAAACCGAAAUAUGGGACACAAGGCAAAAUUAUGGUGAAAGUCCAACUGUACAAGGACUAAACUAGGUCAAAUCUAGAAAGUAUGAAGUAUAAAGCGAAAACUAAGCUACACUAAACCAAGAUCUAAACCGGAAUUAAUCACCUUCACUUGAGGUGGUAAAGGUGCCGAAAUGUUGAUUCAAAGCAGUCUCUAAAGGAUGUGAAAUUGUGGCACACGUCGUACACUGAAAACCAUUGCUGUAUUUGUCUCAGGUCUGUUGUGUGACGAAUGCUCGACUCAACUAACUGUACAUAGACUUGUAAAUAUUGUAAGUAUAUAGUUUAUUUGUACUGAAUAAAUGUUUUUUGGAAUAUAA